GUCCGCAAAAACCACUUGCAGGAAGGGCACGGUUGGUACAAUGUGCAAGAGGAGCAAGACGGCAUCAGAGCGGGGGGAAGAAGGAACCCAGAAGGACAUCGUUGAGCGCUGAGAGAGGAGAGAGAGAGAGACUCAACAGAAUACCAUCACCGAGACGGGCAUUCAAAUGAGAGACGCAGUUUCGGAAAGUAAAGAAAGAGACACGCUCUCUGCGUCGAGAGAGGCGUCGAAAUAGGUGUGCACAGAAAAGUCUCAACGAAAAGUGACAGAGACACAGAUAGGUUGAGACAAGAGUGAAAUACCUCGAGGAAGAAAUUGUUCCCCGAGACAAGGGCACGAGAGAGAGAGAGAGAUAACAGACAGACAAGGGGCAGCCCAGGGGUGGAGAAGACAUCGGUCACGGCUAUGUUUUCAGAGCUCGUCAGAUACAUGAGCGGCCACUCCGCGACGCUGCAGCGGCUGCUGGUGGCCCUGCUCGCCGCCGCCGCGCAGCAAAUAUUCCAGGCGCUCUCCUUCCGCUGCCCGUGCCUGCCAGGGCGCAACUCCGCGUACGCCGCCGUCUCCAUCGGAGUGCCGGCCCUGCUGCUGCUCUUGGCCUCCUGGGCAUCGGGGCCCCGCGUGUGGAAGCUCGUCACGGGCUGCUGCGUGUCUCGGCGCCACGGCUCGGGUCCCGGCCUGGUAUUCAAGCUGUCUCAGGUGGUGGUGUCCGUGUCGGGCCGUGCGUUGGUGGCGCCCAUCAGCUGGAUCGCGGUGGCGCUCCUCAACGGCUCGUACUACGUGUGCGCGGAGAGCGAGCGCGUCGACACGAGCCGCUACGCGUUGCCUCCCGCGGCCCGCACGCGCGAGAUGCUGGCGCAGCUGCCCUGCGUCGCAAACGCGUCGCUGCCGCCCGCCCUGCUGCACGUGCGCAACGACAUCCUGCGGCACCUCUCCACGGAGUCGCAGCUGCUCGGAUGGACCGUGCUGGGCUCGGCGGGGCUCCUGGGUAUGCUGUUCAUGUGCUUCGCUCACUGGGUGUCCCCCGUCAGCUACCACCAGCUGCGCUUCUGGCGCUCUUACAUUGACAUAGAACACAAGGAGUUUGACCGGCGGGCGGAGGAGCGAGCCCAUGACCUCGCCAACACGAACGUCUCCAUCUUCUUCGGCCCAUCACCUCCGCCACCGCCCGCUGCCGCCACCCCAGCCACUGCCCCCGAAGCCGCGGCCCAGCAGAGCGACGCCCCACCGCCUCCUCCCUGUGCCCCGGCGCCAGCAGAGAAGGAGGCGGAGGGCUAUGCCCUGCCCAAGAAGGUCGACUGGGACAUAGUGUCGGGCCUGUACGCUUACCAGCUGCUCGACGGCGAGCCUCUGUACAGCACGCUGCACGCGUGGGCCGCCAAGCACGCCAAGGACAAGACACUGAGCCCGUGGCACCUGGACCAGGGCAGCGUGCGGGAGACGCUCUCGUUUGUGGACGGGCGCGAGCCGAGGCCGGAGGGGCCAGCGCCGGUGGCACGGCGACCCCACUCGCCGGAGGAGGCCGUCGUCGACGAGCUGUCGAAGCUGCUCGACGAGUGAACGUGAGAGAGAGAGAGCGCGACGCCUUCGCCGUGCCGUGUCACGGGGUAACGAGUCCUACGCGCCCUUCUACGGGCCCGCUGCUUUUCCUCAACGUGAGCUCGUCAUCAACACCACCGCGAAAAAAAUGUACCGUCCGAUGAUGGCAUCACCAAUUAAGUCAACAUCAGUAACACUGCUUUAAAAAAAUGAUAUAAUAGGUGACGUUUCGGGCAAUGAUCCUUCUUCAUAGCACACAGAGAGGGCCGAGGGAUUGAUUAUUGUGACUGCAUUUUUCACCAAUGGCUUAUCCAAAGGGAACGCUGCUCUCCAAAGUUGGCCAAUGUCAGAUUGUUGAUUUUUGUUUGGCAACGUCUGCCGAUUGUUAAUGUACGAGCUAAGUAAAGUCUAUAAGGCAGCACGCAAUUUGCAAAACAUAUUGAAGCUUUUGUGGAUAAUGGGUGCCUCACAGCGAUAAGGGCCUGGAUUCCGUUCCUUGAGUCCGGGCUCCUUUCUGCGUGGAGCUUAGCUUCUCCCCCUGUUCUGCGUAGCUUUCCUCCAGGUUCCCCGGUUUACUGCCAAAACGUAAUAAAGAUAUAAUGCAAUUUGUAAUUUGCAGAGUGAUGCUGAAGCAAUACACUGCAAAUUACUGCAGUACAUUUGCCUUGCACUCAGCAGCAGCAACAUCGCCCCCCUACUUUGAACAAUUGGCAGCACCCUCCUGGAAAAUAAUCUUGAGGCACAGUGAGGCCUUCCUGAGUAAUCAAGCACAGUAAUAACAUCGAUAAGUAAUCCGCGUGUGCAUGCUGGUUUAUAUUUAAGUUGUGGGGUUUGAGCGACAUGACAAUUUGGGGACACCAUCCCUGCCCAUUGCUUACAUUGCCGUUCCUUGUGGCCAAUCUAAGACGCCAUUGGCAGCAGAGACUCCUGUUUAAUUAGAAACGCAGACUCCCAACUUGUUUGGCUAUUAGAUGGCUGGUGGAAUUCAGCAGAGCGAGCCGGCUGCAAACCUAUCCGUGUGGAUUUUAAGCGCUUCUAUGCCACAGGGCUUCUCAAUGUUAUUCUAGUUUCCUGCCGCAUGCAAAGCGCCCAUAUAUGAUGAGACAACACGUAGAAAUAAUUGUCGACGAGCCUACGGUACCUUCGGGAAACAAUGUUUUCCAGCGGCAAAUUGCAAAGUAGCCAACUCUGGGCUGGUUUUAACGACCAUUUGCCAGGUCCCCCUCGCAAAAGCGGUUUUUAACCUCAAGGUUUUUUUGCCCUGGUUAAAUAAAGGUGAAAUGCCGUAAUACGUUUAAACAACACCUUGUCUUUCUCCUUGUAAUACUGUACUGUACACCAUAAGCCACAAUCUAUCCGGAGAGCACGUCGUAAAUGUUGUGCACGUUAAGAAAUUAGUGGAGGAUCCUAAAUGCAGGACCCUUUCGAUAGAGGUUGGAAAUUGGGACGUGCGGGAGGGCCUCAUUUUAACCCUUGCACCGGGGCCCCGUUCCAAACACACUCGGCCACUGUUGGGAUACAGCGAGAGUCUUGGGGGUCGAGGGUCAAACAGUUGCUGGAUCUUGCAGGAUGAGGCGACGGCGAGAUGUGGCGGCGUACGCCGCGACAACUUCUUGCUCCCGAAGCCGAUUACAGGAUUCUGCUAUGAAAUAUUUACGGACCAAUUCUCGCGUGUCUUGCCGACCGCAGCUGAAGUCUCAUAACCGUUUGUGAUGAAUAAUAAAUGGAGAACAUGAACGGUGUUAAGUUGUGGCAUUUUGCGGGGGAGCAUUGACACAUGCUGUCUGUCUGUCAUUGUAGCGGAACGCUGUAUCACAUAUUGGGUGUGCUUGGUACUUGGUAAACUUUGGGAACAUCAUUAAAUCCUGAAGUGUGCUUUGCCUGUAUAAGAUAAUUACCGGAAUCAAAAUGAAACAUUUCACCCUUAUGUCAAUUCACUGAUGGUUGUAGUCCUCCCCACAUCACGGCAGUCAUGGGGAGUUGUCAUUUUGACCAUAAUUCACCACACUUGUCGGUGAAGGAGCGGUCAGGACUGGGUAAGAUUAUAAUUACUUGCAACCGAUAUUAACAAUAAUACAGGUUUU